ACGGGACUUCCUGUAUGCUCGCUUACAACAGUUCCUGUAGCCGAGCCCGAAAGUGGAGAGAUCGAGGCAUGGCAGAAAAUAUCUCUGACUUUAGCAGCUCCGGCUGCCGGAGGUGUUCCAUCCUCUCUCCCGGAGAACUGACACAGACCCCCGGCGCUGGAGCCUCCAAGUGGGUCCGGUUAAACGUGGGGGGCACAUAUUUCUUGACGACACGGCAGACACUCUGCAGAGACCCGAAGUCAUUCCUGUAUCGACUAUGUCAGGCCGACCCCGAUCUCGACUCCGAUAAGGAUGAAACAGGUGCCUAUCUUAUAGACAGAGACCCCACGUAUUUUGGUCCAGUGCUAAAUUACUUGAGACAUGGGAAGCUGGUCUUCAACAAGGACUUGACUGAAGAAGGAGUGCUGGAGGAGGCAGAAUUCUACAAUAUCACGUCACUAAUAAAACUAAUCAAAGACAAGAUCAGGGAAAGAGACUGCAAACCUUCACAGGUGCCUGUGAAACACGUUUACAGAGUUCUACAGUGCCAGGAAGAAGAACUAACGCAGAUGGUCUCCACCAUGUCUGACGGCUGGAAGUUUGAGCAGCUUGUCAGUGUAGGUUCCCCGAUUGGCUAUGGCCGGGACCACCAGUCAGAGUUUCUGCUGAUUGUGUCGAGGGAAGUGAAGGGGGAGGAGCCCAGUGUCAAGAACAGCAGCAGCGAGCUGGUCAGUAUUGGUUCUUCCUAUACCUACGGAAAUGAAGACCAAGCGGAGUUCCUGUGUGUGGUGUCGAAGGAGUUGCACAACACCGCCUACGGUACAAACAGCGAGCCCAGUGAAAAAGCCAAGAGUGAGGAUGAAGAGACGGAUUACGAUAUGAAUGACUCAGAUUAAAUUUGAACUGUAAUGCCAUGAUUCUGCAAGAAAGGGGAUCAAGAAUGUGAAGCCACAGUAUGGAAGACUUUUUCCUUCGAUUUCCAAGCACAGAAAGAAAGCCAACGCAUCACCACACUGAAGAGCUUUGGCACAGAUGAAAACUACUUGGCUAAACUACUUUUUUUUUUUUUUUAAUUUAAAUUUUGUAUAUAUACUCUACAGACAAAAAGGUUUAACAGAUUAUAUACAUACAACAACACCACAAGUUUUGUUUUUAAACAUUUUUUUUGGCCUGUUGAGUGUACAGGACCGAGUUUCUAAAAACAGUAAAUAUUGAGAGAUUACUGACCUAAAGUCUUGCAAGUCUGAUCGUUUGCACAAACUGCAAUGCAGCGGGCUGAGUUCGUUCUGCAAUCUUAAACCAGCCAGUAGUGUAGGUAUUCCACCGUUUUGAAAUGUGUGUCAAGUUUGUUGACCCUAUACUGUUCAAUAGGGCUGUGAGGGAUGGAUCGCACCGUGGUUCCUUCACUCUCUUCCCAGUGUGAGAUUAGCACAAAGAAAGAUACCGCCCGCAUCUGGGAUUCAGGACCAGGCAUGAAAAAAGUAGAAAGGUGAUCCUGUUUGUUGUGUGGUGUUUGCUAUAUCUGUUCAUUUUAAAGUAUUGACAGCUAAUCCUACAGGAGUGGAAUAAAAACGUAUAGGGGCCACUGAAUUUCAAAAAGGGAGUAGAAUAGAUUUUAAAUGAUUUUAUAUUUCUGUUAAGGACCAAGGUGCAUUAAAAAAAUAAAAUUAAAGUGAGUUUACUGAAAAGCAGAACGGUGUACCUUUUUUAAAAAUGAUGCUUCCUUCAAAAAUGUCACUUAAAUCACAGGUUUUGAUCAUUUUCAAAGGAAUGUCGGAUAUACGGUACAGUAGCAAUGUGGGUUUUUUUUGGGGGGGGGGGGGGGUUGUUUAUUGGACACAUAGGUAAUUGUGUUUCAGGGUUUGUGUGUGUGAAGAUAUUUUAAAGAGCUUUCAAACAGGCAUAGAAAAAACUGAUUCCUGGCCCAAAUAUGGAGGUUUCUAAUUUUGUUUUUGUUUUUUUUCUGCAUACAUUUGAUAAGGAACAAAUACAUUUAGGCCUCAUUUGUACAAUUUAUUGGGUGUAUAGAUUAAAAAUAAACCCUAACGACGGUGACUUCAGGCUUUUUAUAGUUUCACUGAACUUUUUUUCAAAUUUGUUGAAACCCUUAAGGCAUGAGUCCAUGCUCUAAUGCGCGCACGUAGACGCACACGGACAGACUAUCUAUCGUAAGCUUCUAAACACGCACACGUGUGGAAGAACGCUUCAGUGUAAAAUACCAAACCACUUUAAAGCUUUUUAGGAAGUACUUUAUCUUUUAAUAAAUGUUUUAUAUUGUUACACGUUUUACAGGUUUGGCUGAAAACCUUGCAGUCCCAAUUUAUACAAAAGCAAGUUCAUUCAAGUACCAAGCCAAUAUAUUUCAAUAAAACCUUUUAUCGUCUUUUGUUGGCCUGGUUUUAUAUGCAAUGAAGCCAGCUGUGUAAUGCAGUUUAAUUAAUUGAGUUUAUUGUGAGGAAAAUGUUUCUUUAACAAGCAAUCCUCAUAGUUUAGGAUCUGUGCGGGUGACACAAUAGAAAGUAUCCCAGUAGCACAUGCUGAUCAGGAAGAGGUUGUUUGCAGGGCAGGACUGACAUUGGGAUAGAAUCUAUUAACAGAAGUGUGAGCAUUUCUGUGAUCUUUCUUUAGCGUUACAUCUUUUAACUGCUGCAGCUUUUACCUGGUCGACUGGUUUCAGGUGAAGCCUGCUCUAUGCAACUGAACACAGUAAAAAGUGCUUAUAAAAUCAACUCCAGGUUUUGAAGUGUCCCACGCUGCUUUCAGACUUGCAAAAUGAGGUUUAGGCCUCUUGUUUAUACUCUGCAAAUUAUAAGGUGGUUUAGUUGUUGCUUUUUGCAUAUUGUAUGUGUGUGUUUUUUUUACAAAAAACAUAAUAUCCUUUUUAUAGUUUUAUAUGGCCUUCAAUGUAGCAAAAAAUAAUAAUUUUAAAAGCAGUUAAACUGUUUAUACUGACGGAUGAACAUGUACUUUCUUUUAUAUAUAGUUUUGCAAGGCUGAAGUAGCUUUGUCAAAGUAACUGUUUAUUUUCUUGACUUCACAUGGCAAUGUUUCUAUUUUAGACGUUCUGUUAUGUGUUCUAAUGAUGCUUUUGAGUUAAUUGUUUUGUUUAAAAAAACUUUUGCACCAGUUUGUUAGUCAGUACGUGUUUUAGUUCUGAUCUCUUAUUUCCUAUUAACAAGGUUUGUAUUUUUAUAUAUAAAAUACCCUUUGUGACCCACAAACAUGGGCUGUGAACUACCUUGUUAAGUCUAUUUUCUGUUGUGCAUAUGGCUAUCCUGGUUUUUAUUAAAUUACUUUUGGUUUUUA